AUGACGAUAUCUGACCCACAAAUUAAUAUUCUCAACAAGGCAUGCAGCUCUUCCGAUGCCACCACAGAAUUCUUCAGGCUCUUGAACGCCACCUUUUUGGAUGUCGGAAGCCAGCUUUCCAAUAACAAAUUUAACAAUACACACUUUUCCACCACACAGAGGUACAGUUCGUCCUACAAUGUUUAUACCAUGUUUCAGUGCAGGAACUACCUCUCUACUGCUGAUUGUAUUGCUUGCUUCGAUGCCGCGGUGUCUGAGAUACGUACCUGCUUGUCUUCCAUCGGUGCUCAUGUCACCUACGAUGGCUGCUUCCUUAGGUAUGAGAACUACAUUUUUGAUAACCAGCCGGCUGUAAGGGGCAGCAAUAUUAGAAAAUGUGGCGACCAAAUUGCAUCUCAACCAAAUGCUUUUGACGAGGCAGUAAAAGCAUCAUUAGCAGAUCUUGAAAUCGCAACACCCAAGAUUAGUGGUUUCUUUGCAGCAACAAAGAGAGAAGUGGCUGGUGGUAGUGCAGCAGUGUACGCGGUGGCACAAUGUGCUGAAACACUAACUGAGAAUGGUUGCAAAGAUUGCUUGAACGUGUCAUUUCCCAACAUUCAGAGUUGUUCACCCUACACAGAUGGUAGUGCUAUUGACAUCGGGUGUUUCCUAAGGUACUCGGAGACCCCCUUUUUUGCAGAUAACCAGGCAACUAAUAUCACCAGUUUCGUUGGAGGAGUCACCCAUCUAAUUUUCUACCCUAAUGUAACAGGAUCAACGGGUGAUAACCAGACAAUCCCUUUCCUUGGAGGAGGAUCAACAGGAGAUCGGAACAAUAGGUUAAAGAUUAUCAUAGGAAUCUCAGCCGGUGUGUUUGGACUUAUAUUAGUUUCUGUUCUCACGAUCAUCUGCUACCAUAAAAGAAAUGACUUGUCAGGUAAUUAUGCAAUGGUCUUCUGGAGGAAGAAAACAAUAGAUGAUGGAAAUGUUGAUGCAUUAAUAAGGAACUAUGGCUCUCUUACUCCAAAGCGGUAG